UCAGAUAUAGCUCCAUACACAAAACAACAAUCGACUACUUCUACAGGAUCUGUAGAUCAAGAGCAAAAGUUCCAUCAACUUAAACAUGGCCGCCUCCAACUUCUUUCUUCUCACAGCUUUCAUUGCUUUGGUCGCUACUCAGGCCAUGGCUUCUGAUCCUAGUCCUCUUCAGGACUUUUGUGUUGCCGACAACUUCCGAUCUGACCAUUGUAUGUUCUUCAAUGCAGUACGUGUCAAUGGGUUACCCUGCAAGGAUGCAAAGGAUGUGAGUGUUGAUGACUUCUUCCUAGCAGCUAACCUUGACAAGCCGAUGGACACAACCAAGAGCAAGGCUGGAUCCAAUGUUACAUUGAUCAACGUGAUGAAACUCGCAGGUCUCAACACCCUUAGCAUCUCCAUGGCAAGGAUCGACUAUGCUCCCAAAGGACAAAACCCACCACACACGCACCCUCGUGCUACUGAGAUCCUAACCGUUCUUGAGGGCUCACUCUAUGUUGGUUUUGUUACAUCUAACCAAGCAAACAGAGAAAACAAGCUCUUCACCAAAACACUUAACAAGGGUGAUGUCUUCGUGUUCCCACAGGGUCUUAUUCACUUUCAGUUUAAUCCAAGCUAUGAUAAGCCUGCAGUUGCCAUUGCUGCACUUAGCAGCCAAAAUCCUGGGGCAAUUACCAUUGCUAAUGCAGUAUUUGGAUCACAUCCACCAAUUUCAGAUGAUGUUCUUGCUAAGGCAUUUCAAGUGGACAAAAAAGCCAUGGAUUGGCUCCAAGCUCAGUUCUGGGAGAACAACCAUAACUAAAUUAUUGAUGCUUGAUAAGGUUCAGAAUUAGUGAUUGGUAUAAAAAGGAUUUGUUGAUUAUUAUAUUAGCCAAAGGCUAUAUACUUCAUGUAAUCCUAAACUCGAUAUUUAUACAAUUCUUUUUACGAAUAAUGUAUAACAGUACGCACAUAUAUAUGUUACAUUAUGUAUGGUCUGGGGUAUUAAUUUAAUAUAGUUGAUUUCUUGGGUAUUUUUUAACACUCA